UCGUUAUCGUUACUAUGACAACUGAUACAACUCUCAAGACUGUUUUGUUUCUAUUCAUAUGUUACUUUUAAAUUCAAAUUCGCUUGGAAUGCAGUAUGUUUUAAUGAUAAAUUUAUCUUUCCCUCGAAUGUUCUGUUAUUGAGCAAAAAUACUAAAUUGGGAAAUAUGGUAAAAUAUUUUACAAGUUACAAAAUGCUGAAGAUUUAGCAUUAUCUGAACUCCACAGUGAAAUGAUAGGUAGCUACUUAAAGUUUGCUAAGUUUAGGAGAAGUAAGCAUUUGCGAACCAUUGAGCAGACCUUUGAUGAUAUGAAAUUAUCAAGAUUAUUGGAAGAUACAUAUUCUGUUGAUGAAGUACGUGACUUAUUAGAUGAACUGUGUGCAUUAUUGAAAGGUGAUCUUGAACUAGAAUUAAUCAACACUGCACACACUGCUGCUUUGCUUUUAUGUCAGAUGUGUUGUCAAGCUCAGCAAUGGCACUUAAAGCUCAGUGCUGAUAUAUCAGAAUUAGAAAACAGGGAUCUUCUAGAGAAGGUGAAUAAAUUUGAAGAGAGAUUGAAUAGUAGCUCUCUUGAAAAAGGGUUGAAUGGUUCUCCUUUAAGAGUCAAUAAGUUACAACCUUUGGGAGAAAAUGCAGGAGCUUCUCAAUUGCUUCAACUUGAAAUUGAUCGACUCAAUGAAGAAAACAGAAGGCUGUCUGAGAAACUGAAGAGUGUAGAAAAGCAGACUGUUGAUAUAUUAGAGAGUAAAGCUGCUUUGACUGCAAAUCUUGUAGAAGUACAACAAGAACUAAAGGAAAUGAAAGAAGGAAAGGCAGAAAAUGUUGAGAAAGAUUUAAAACACUUGGAAGAUGAAAUGAAUCAAGUGAAAAAGGAACUAGAAACAACAAUGUGUGCAAGUGCCUAUACACAACAAAAUCUUGAAUGUGAUUUACUGGAAACAAAACAAAGAUUUUUAGAAGUGCAAUCACAACUUCAACUAGCUGAAAAGGAACUGGAAGUGAAACUGAGCCAAACUGGAGCAUUCAAGAAUAUGAAAAAAAUGCUAGCUACUAAAAAUGAACAGAUAAAAACUUUGCGACAGAAACUUAAUAACUAUGAAAAUACCACAGAUGAAGAUUAAGAGAGAAAUAGCACUGUUCUUCAGUGAUAACAAGCACAGAUAAUUUAAGAAUUUAGAAAACAAUCUAGUCAUCAAACUUUAUGUUUAUCGACAUGUUAGUUAAUGUAUAUCUAAUUAUUUAUUUUUAUAAAUUUUGCUUCUCAAAUGUACACACUGAUAUACAUGCUUAAAUGUAUAAAAGAAAUCUAUUUAUCUAAAAAUAAAUAUAAUUAAGCACA